UGCAGAGGGAGGGAGGACACUUCACGGGCGGAAGGAUGCGCAUUUAUAAUUUAAUAAUGCAGCUCCACAAGCAUUGAACAGCAGACUGUAAACGGACUGGACACGCACUGGGUCAAUGAUUACACGGAUCACACACUCCCCAGAUAUAAUCCCACUUCCGUUAUAUUUCAUCUCGAGCUGGCUGUUCCACAGUGAACAAGCCCAUUCAUACUGAAGGACUGUGUAAUGUUUGUUGAUGCGAGAGGAGCUGCGCAAAGGCCCCGCGUCCCUGCCGAUACAUCGAUAACAAAGUCAUCGAUAGCAUGCACGAGAUAAACCUCACCUUCAACCGGACACACACUCAUGCAAACACAAAACACCACCAUGAAACACGAGUCCUACCCACAAGCUCCCCAAUUUCGUAGCCGUCCCCCUCCUUCCUUUGUACACUACGCCCUGAAACGGCUUCCCCCAUCAGGAACACCUGUUCCUCCGGCUCCGGCUCACCUUCUGGUCUCCCAUCGCGCCGCUCCGGUGCACCGGCGCCGCUCGAGCCGCAAACACCGGCGCUAUUUCUCUUCCGUCCCCCGGUUUUUGGUUUGUUAGCACGGCGGAGCUGGUACUGAUGCUGCCGGAGUGCAACGCAUCUUCGGACGGACACCAACCACCAACGCCUAUGGGCCGUAGUGCGUAGAGCGCAUGCGGCAGAGGAGGAUUCUGGGUACUGAUGUUUCUGUUGCGAGGGUUUUUUGCGUCUCUGUCAUGUGUGCAAGGCAGGCUGCCGAGACAGGAUGAGUCUGAGAGGAAGACCACCUCUCACAUGAUAUGAUGGAAAUGUGGCUGAAACGGUCGACUCUGGUGUUGCUCACAGCAGUAGCAGCCAUGGGGAUAUCAGGUCAACGUCCUGUGGUUCUGAAUGAAACACAAUACAAAGUGGAAGUUCCUUUUGGUUCCUCUGUGACUUUCCACUGCCGCUUGAAGAUAUUUGACACAUGGGAAAGAUAUCGGGUGAACUGGUAUUUUAACCCCUCUGGAUGUUCAUUCACAGACUCACAUCAACUUUUUUUAAAGAUGGGUAGCAAAUCUGCAAAUACCUCCACCAUGGUGUCUAAAGGACCAAAGGAUGCAGAGACUUUGUUGAAUUACAAUUUAUCUGCUGUUACCUACAAUAACAGCGGAUGGUACUUUUGCAGUGUUACAGUAGAGAUUCCCGUCUUAACAGUUUUGAACACCAGUGGAACACAUGUAACUAUUGCGAAGAGCAUAGGGGAUACAACGUACCCGUCACUACCUACAGUGACAGGUAAACAAGUGCCUCCCACAGACGACAACAGCAGCUGGUGGAUGUGGAUCGCGUUGGGAGUGUCAGCUUUCAUCCUGAUCGUCCUGCUGGUCAUCUGCGUUUUGUUGAGAAGAAGACACAGCAGAAGUAGAGCAGAAGAUCCUAUCUAUGCAAACACUCGUCGUGUGGUCAGCAAACAGCCCUCGCCUAGGCCAGGGAUGCCAGAGGGAAACCUGAAGAUGGUUUCUUCCUCCCAAGACCUGCGGAACCCGAGUCCCAGCAGGAGACACGACGAGGGCAAACUGAGAUACAAACACUGAAGAAGUCAUGUACCUCACAAACCUAUGACUCAACCCCUCCUCAUAUUUAGUCAUUAUAGUCUUCUUCAUUAUUAUAUUUUUACAUAUUGUUUAUAUAUAUAUAUAUAUAGGCUUUUACUAAAUUGGGAAUGUGUAUCUUAUUUUAUGUAGUCUCUUUCUUCUCAGGUAUUUUCUGUAAAAUAGCUAUUAUGAGCCACUAGAUGGCAGAUGGUGGACGCUGAACGGGUAAAUUCAAAGUGGUUAGCCUAUUUUAUUUUUUUCUUGUGUUUCAACACCUGAUAAUAUUUGAAUAUGUUGCCAACAGUAGCCUUUGUAUAGUAGCCUAAAUAAGCCAAAAGUGAUAAUUUUCCAUUUCUGGUAGGAAUUAUAAAAUGAUGGGCCUGAAAUGUUAUGCCUAUUGUUAGAGUUUAUAAUGAAUUGCAAGUUACUGGAUAUGCAGUUUUGUUCCCUCUGUACAGUUUGUAAUAUAUUUAAUGUUAGUAUGUUAUAUGAUAAGCCUAUUGGUAGG